GUUCUAUCGUCCGUGUUUAACUCUGAUCAUGGGGAGGAAGCUGGACCUGUCCGGUCUGACAGACGAUGAGACAGAACACGUUCUCCAAGUGGUACAGAGAGACUUCAAUCUUCGCAAAAAGGAGGAGGAACGGCUAAGUGAGAUGAAGCAGAGGCUAGCCGAGGAGAACAGCAAAUGCAGCAUCCUCUCGAAACACCAGAAAUUCGUGGAGCGCUGCUGCAUGCGAUGCUGCUCGCCCUUCACCUUCCUGGUCAACGCCAGGCGCCGAUGUGGGGAGUGCAAGUUCAGCGUCUGCAAGAGCUGCUGCUCCUACCAGAAGCUCGAGAAACUAUGGGUUUGCUGCGUCUGCCAGCAAGCCAGGCUUCUGAGGACGCAGUCUCUGGAAUGGUUCUACAGCAACGUGAAGAGCCGCUUCAAGCAUUUUGGCAGCGCCAAGGUCCUGAAGAACCUGUACAGGAAGCACCGUCUGGAGAGCGGCGCCUGCUUUGACAUCCUAGGAGGAGGAUUGUUUGAACCAAAUCUGGAGAAUGAAGGGAGCAUCUCGGGCAGUGACUCCGCGUUCUACAGGCAGUUGGAAGGUACGGCUGCUUGA